GCCAAAAUAAAAAGCCCUAAAAAAGAAAGGGAAAAAAACCAAGAAAUAGACGGCGUUCAUUCGAAGCUGAGAAUCGCAGAGAACUCCGAACGCCCAAAAUCCUAGCAGCACCUUCCGCUCACCACCACUCAAAUCCCACCAGAGCGACCUUCCAUUCAAAUUCUUACCCAAAUUAGACAACAAAAAAACCACAACCUUCCGAGCAGCCGGAAACUGACACGUGGCACAAGCACCACCAUGCGCAGCCCGAUCAUCGCCGUUCCCGAUGACAGAUGGCCGAGGCAUUCCAGACGCCGAUGAUGGUUUAUACGCCGUCGUUUUGAUAGAAAUGCCUCCGAGUCUACUGCGCCACCUGCGUCUCCAAGAGUACGGCGAUCACGAAUCCAGUCACCAUGUCCAGAUUUUUGGCCUGCGGAAAUGUAAGGAGGGGUGCAAGAUCCCUUCUUCCAGUUCAGAAAACUGGUUACUUAGAAGUUGCAAGUAGCAGAGCAUAUUACACAGUUGAAGCUCCUUACACCCUAUGCAGAUUAUUUCCAUGGUAUAAGAAUUGUUUAAGAGGGCAGUCCCCAUUUAUGUUACAGAAAGCAAAAGAUAAGUUAUUACAGAGUAGUGGUUCUAGAAACUUAUAUUCCUUAUCGCCAAAAAGGAGAGUUUCUCACCAUGCCCAAUUUGCUUGGAAAAAGCUUUCUCAGUUAUGUUCCUAUAGGGGCCCCGUUUUACCACCAAUUGGUCAAAUUGCGCGUGCAGUGAGCUUGGCUUUGACACGCUCAAAUCUAGUAGCUCCUGGUGUUAUUGCCUUCAUAGUUGGAGAGUUUGCUCGGACACAAAGAACAUUGGCAGAAGCAGAAGGCCUCCCAACAAAGGACACUCUAUUUCUUCAUGCCCAAGAUGGACAUGUUUAUUUAACCUUAUUUUUGUUUUCAAUUCUGGAGUGUAUUAUCUUGUUUAUAAGAGCAAUAUAUCUAGUAGUUUUGUUCUCACCAUGCAUAGCUAUGGCACCUUUUGCAAAGUCCCUUGGCAUUCAGUUUAGGAAAAUAUGGCUUCGUGUUCUCCAUCUUACACUGGAAAAAGCAGGCCCGGCAUUUAUAAAGUGGGGUCAAUGGGCUGCUGCAAGACCAGAUCUCUUCCCAAGAGAUUUGUGUAGUGAACUUGCAAAACUUCACACUCAAGCUCCAGCACAUAGUUUUAACUUCACCCAGAAAAGUAUUGAGAAGGCAUUUGGUCGCAAGCUGCCUGAGAUAUUUGAGAAAUUUGAUAUGGAACCUGUGGCAUCAGGAAGCGUUGCUCAAGUUCAUCAAGCUAUACUCAAAUACAAAUACCCAGGUCAGCAGAUCAAGCCCAUGGUCGUUGCUGUCAAGGUUAGACAUCCAGGUGUUGGUGAAGCAAUUAGAAGGGAUUUUGUGAUUAUUAAUUGCAUAGCCAAAAUUUCGAGGUUCAUCCCUUAUUUAAAGUCUUUGAGAUUGGAUGAAAGCAUACAGCAAUUUGCCGUUUACAUGAUGUCACAAGUUGAUCUGUCAAGGGAAGCUGCACAUUUGAAUCGUUUUAUCUACAAUUUUCGAAGAUGGAAGGAUGUCUCAUUUCCAAGGCCUCUAUAUCCCCUAGUGCACCCGUCUGUUUUAGUGGAAACUUAUGAACGGGGCGAAAGUGUUAUGCACUAUGUUGAUGAGCUUGAAGGAAAUGAACCAAUAAAGAAUGCCCUUGCUCACAUUGGGACGCAUGCACUAUUAAAGAUGCUUCUGGUUGAUAAUUUUAUUCAUGCUGACAUGCAUCCUGGGAAUAUUCUUGUCAGAGUAUCCCGUUGCAAGUCACCAAGUAAACAACUCUUUAGAUUGAGGCCUCAUGUUGUUUUCCUUGAUGUGGGCAUGACUGCUGAACUUUCUAAGAGAGAUCAAUUGAAUUUAGUGGAAUUCUUUAAGGCUGUAGCCCUUCGAGAUGGUCGAACUGUUGCAGAGUGCACCCUUAGAUUAUCUGGACAACAAGACUGUCCAAACCCAAGGGCUUUCAUUGAGGAAGUAGAAAGAUCUUUCAAAAUCUGGUACUCCCCAGACGGUGACAUCAUCCAUGCUGCUGAUUGCAUGCAUCAAUUGCUUGAGAAAGUUCAGCGGCAUAAAGUCCGAAUUGAUGGUAAUGUUUGCACAGUGAUGGUGACCACCUUGGUUCUUGAGGGGUGGCAACGGAAGCUUGAUCCAGGAUAUGAUGUGAUGCAAACUUUACAGACAUUGCUUUUUAAGGCAGACUGGGCAGAAUCCCUCUCUUACACCAUUGAAGGACUCAUGGCCCCAUAAAAGGUGGCAACUUUUAUUUAUAUUCUUUUUACUAAGCCCAUAGAAAAAGGCAAUACUAUUUCAUUUCCUCAGAAAAUUUUUGACAACAGAAAAGAGAAUGUACAUAUUAUACACGAGAGAAAUAAUGGAUUUUCUUCUAUUCUCCUACAUGUCUUUUUGGGUUCUGUUGCCCUGUAAUUUUAUGAUUACUUCUUAGUGUAUUCUUUUGGCCAAAUUACACCCUUGGUCUUUGUAGUUUGACUAAAUUUGUAUUUAGGACCUGUGGUUCAAUUUUUUUUUAAUAAAAUACCCUUGGUACUUAA